AUGAGGGCAGCCGCAGCUGAAAUGGAGCUAUUGUCAGAAAUCAUGUCCUUGAAACAGCGACUAAGUUCCCUACGCGAAAAAGCGAGGGAUGCUGAUUUGGUUCAAUUGGCCCAUGAAUCCAACUUACGCGUUUGCCGUCAAAUCCCCACUCUUGCGUUGAUAUAUCAACUUCGUGCACAUCCCUCAAAAGUACAUGAUGUUGUCUGGUCCCCCAGUGAUCGCUUUGUGCUAACAGUGGGUGCUGAAGGAUUGGUCAUCGUCUGGGACGCUAGCAGUGGGUUAAUCCACAACGUUCUUGAGGCCAGCGCAGUUCAGCCAAUCACCGUCGCGGCAUCCGGAGAUGCAAGCAAGAUAUUUUGUGGCGGCCUUUGCGCAAACGUUGUGCUCUUUAACAGCACACACAGGUCAGAGGAAGAUGGAUAUUCAUUCUAUGAGAAUUGUGUGGUAUUUGAACACUCCAGUCAAGUGAAUUCAAUCGUUCGCGUCGGUGAGUCCCAACUUUUGACAGGAUCUGCAAAGGACGGCGCCAUCUUAUGGGAUGUUGAAAGUGGUAACGUGCUUGCUCGUUUCACCCACGCAACCAAAUUAGAGUGCGUAUCCCUUAUAGGUACAUCGACCGAAAUGGGUUCAUGUGUUACUGGGGCUAAUGACGGUGUGAUCCGUCAGUGGGACCCACGUCAUCCUCGCAACCCGGUUGCUCAAUAUGAGGCCCACCAGUCAAAUGUCAACUGCAUACGAACCCUGCCUAAUGAAAUCAACUUUGUCACCGGGUCAGAUGAUGCUGCCAUUCAUCUGUACGACAUACGCACAGAUGUGGUUGUCAGUAGGUACCUAGAUCGGCGUUCGUUAACAAAGAGCCCACUCAUGGAAUCCGAAUCAGACGCAGCCUUGUCUCAUUUAGGCAGUAGGAUAGCAGAAGCGGUUGGAAUUUGUGAUAUUGCUGUGUCGCCUUCGGGGCGCUUAAUAAUCGCUGGAAGCCAGGACUGUGGAGUUUAUUACUGGGAUUUAAUCCAACCCACUGUCUGCCUCUGUCAUGAGACUGAGCCCGGUCCUGUGGUCCGAGUAGCUAUGUCUUACCACAAAAAGGCUUUAGUUAUGUUGACCUGGGAGGCAAAAGCGCGUAUACGGAUAAUGCGACCCCACUGA